UUAGAUAUAUAAAUAGAAUGAUGAUAUAAGAUGGUAUGUAUGUAAACCCCUCAAAAAUCCAACAAACCGAAUAGAUUUUCAAAUUCUGAUCAACGCACAUCAUUUGAACUUCUGAUAACCAGCAAGACAGUGGAGGCCUUUGCAAAAGCUUUGCAUGAAUUGGUGGAGAUGGUACAGAUGAUGAUAGUUGAGAGCUUGGGGGUGAAGAAGCACUAUGAUUCUCUCGCGAGUUCAAUUACAUAUGCAGUUCGGCUGUCUGAGUAUGGAGUUCCAUUAAAUCAGGAUACGAAGAUUGGUUUGGAUCCUCAUAAGGACCCAAAUCUUGUCACAGUAGUUUGCCAGAGCAAGAUUGAAGGAUUGGAGGUUCAGACUUUUGAUGGAGAUUGGGUCAGCGUUAAACCAUCUCCUAACUCUGUCACUGUCAUAGUUGGCCAAGCUUUUCAGGCAUGGAGUAACAUGAGAGUGCGAGCCCCAAAUCACCGUGUGAGGGUUUUAGGGAAGGAGAAGAGGUUCUCUGCCCUUUUUGCUUCUCGGCCGAGCCCUAACUCCAUGGUUAAAAGUCCUGAGGAGCUUGGAGAUGAGGACCAUCAUUUACUUUUCAAGCCUUUCAACUACACUGAGUUCGUCAAGUUUCUCUACUCAGAGGAAGGAAGGAAGACCAAGGAUCCUUUCAAUGCUUAUUUUAGAAUCGGCAAUGAAGAAGCUGCCUGAGAUCUUUUAUGUGUAUUGAGAACUUCAUAAAGUUUUCACAAAUAUGUAUUAGGUGGUGUUAUGCUAAUACUGAUGACUUAUGGAAGCUAUGACUUUUCUGAAUGGUUGA